AAAACCCCAACUCUCUGACCUCUCACUGGAAAAUUAUCAGCUGACGAAAAGCAUUAGAAAGCAAAAUAAAUGGCUCGCUUAAAGCAAUUUCCAUGUUUUUGGUAUUUAUUAGUGUUCGCAGGUUUGUGUGUCCUCGAAUCCCACAUAAAUGUGUCAGCUGAAGACAUUCUUCCAUCAAAAUUAAGUCAAAAUGUAGGUGCCCCAACUUUAAAAUUCUUAUAUUGUUACUCGUGCGGUUACCGCAAGACUUUCGACCAAUAUGUACAAAUCAUCCAACAAAAGUACCCCUUCAUUGUGAUUGACGGCCAAAACUAUGAUCCCCCUGGCUUUAACAUGUAUUUAGCUAGAUUAAUAGGCAUCGUGAAAAUGCUUGUAAUUGUGUGUAUCCUGGGAGCUGUCAACAUCUUCGAGUACAUCAACCAGCCCCAACCAUCGUGGUGGAUCUGGUGCACAGAAAACAAGCUCUAUGCAUGCAUGAUGUUGUUCUUCGUUUGCAACAUCAUAGAAGGGCAGCUCAUUCAGUCCGGCGCUUUUGAAAUCUCACUCAAUGACGUACCUGUCUGGUCUAAAUUAGAAACCGGUCGGAUACCGCAACCCGCGGAACUUUUUCAAAUCAUUGAAAAUCACAUGCAAUUUACCGACAGUAAGAUCGAGUUAAAUAAUGGAUUCGCUAAGUAAUUUUUUGUUGUACUUUUUUUAUCGUUUUUCAACUGGUAUAUAUAUAGAGUGUGUUAUGUUAAGGAAAGUGUCUUAAGUCUGUUGAAAACCCGGUGGUUUUCGUGUUUGCGUCUGAUCUUCUGUUUCAUCACACCAAGUUUCAGGUAAAUUUGUAUGUAUGGUUUUUAGAGACUAUAAACUAUCUUUGUGAUAAGUAAAAGUUGUAAAUACGA